UGUGUUAAUGAACUGUGCAGCUCGUGCAUGUGGAUUAGCCGGCGAGCAAAGUCUGAACUCAUCAGUCUCACCCAGUCUGCAUAGGGAACCUCAGGCUGUUGGCAGCAUGAUCACCUAUGCAUGUCUGCCUGGCUAUGAGAGAGUGUUUGGUGACGUGACAAGGACAUGCUCAGCUGACGGCACGUGGACUGGAACACCGCUGGCAUGUAAACGUGUGAGCUGUGGAGUACCGUUAUCAUCAAACAACUCAGUAUUGACUGUCAGAACAGUUUUGUAUCAAUCUACAGCCGUGUAUACAUGUCAUGAUGGCUAUAGUAUUACCACUGAUAACACUACAACAAAUUCAACAACCAGCCUGACUGUUACCUGCCAGGAUGACUCUACAUGGAGUCAACCUCCUCCAAACUGUCAAGCAAUCCAAUGUCAUCCUAUACCAGACCCGUUGAACGGCACAGCUUUCUCCAAUGGAACUCAGUUCUCUUCUGAAGUGACUUUCUCAUGCAAUAGUGGCUAUGUUCUUCAUGGUUACACCGCUGUUGAGUGUGCGUCCGACGAGACGUGGGUUGCAAGCGGAGCAUUCCUGGAUGCCCUGCCUCAACUGAAGCAAAAUGGUUUGGACCAAGUGCAGGGUCUUGAUAAUUAUACCAUGUGGAACGUGACCUCACCGCUGUGCUUACGUGUAUCGUGUCCACGUCCUGAGUUAGGUGCGUACUCGGUCAUAACAGGACUGAAUGAGAACUCCAGUAAACUGCAUCGCUACAUGGACAAGAUCAGCUACACUUGUGUUAACGGCUAUGAGAGAUAUUCCGGUGAUGUAGAUCGUCAAUGUUCUCACACUGGUGUCUGGUCUGGAGAUGCUUUGGCGUGUGUAGUUACAUCAUGCCCCCAGCCUAGAGCAGGCAUAAGCUCAUCACUAGUUGUACAGAACACAACGUUUGGAAAGACAGCCGUGUACACAUGUCAUACUGGUCAUGUUGCACUGUCACCUGGAACCAGCAACACCUCUAUCACAAAUAGUACACGAUACUGUCAGGCCAACGCUGCCUGGAGUGACCAGCCACUACAGUGCAUGCCAAUCCAAUGCAAUGCGAUACCAGACCCGUUGGACGGCACAGCUUUCUCCAGUGGAACUCAGUUCUCUUCCGAAGUGACUUUCUCAUGCCAUAGUGGCUAUGUUCUUCAUGGUUACACCGCUGUUGAGUGUGCGUCCGACAAGACAUGGAUUGCAAGCGGAGCAUUCCUGGAUGCCCUGCCUCAACUGGACCAAAACGGUUUGGACCAAGUGCAGGGUCUUGAUAAUUACACCAUGUGGAACGUGACCUCACCGCUGUGCUUACGUGUAUCGUGUCCACGUCCUGAGUUAGGUGCGUACUCGGUCAUAACAGGACUGAAUGAGAACUCCAGUAAACUGCAUCGCUACAUGGACAAGAUCAGCUACACUUGUGUUAACGGCUAUGAGAGAUAUUCCGGUGAUGUAGAUCGUCAAUGUUCUCACACUGGUGUCUGGUCUGGAGAUGCUUUGGCGUGUGUAGUUACAUCAUGCCCCCAGCCUAGAGCAGGCAUGAACUCAUCACUAGUUGUACAGAACACAACGUUUGGAAAGACAGCCGUGUACACAUGUCAUACUGGUCAUGUUGCACUGUCACCUGGAACCAGCAACACCUCUAUCACAAAUAGUACACGAUACUGUCAGGCCAACGCUGCCUGGAGUGACCAGCCACUACAGUGCAUGCCAAUCCAAUGCAAUGCGAUACCGGACCCGUUGAACGGCACAGCUUUCUCCAGUGGAACUCAGUUCUCUUCCGAAGUGACUUUCUCAUGCCAUAGUGGCUAUGUUCUUCAUGGUUACACCGCUGUUGAGUGUGCGUCCGACGAGACGUGGAUCGCAAGCGGAGCAUUCCUGGAUGCCCUGCCUCAGCUGAACCAAAACGGUUUGGACCAAGUGCAGGGUCUUGAUAAUUACACCAUGUGGAACGUGACCUCACCGCUGUGCUUACGUGUAUCGUGUCCACGUCCUGAGUUAGGUGCGUACUCGGUCAUAACAGGACUGAAUGAGAACUCCAGUAAACUGCAUCGCUACAUGGACAAGAUCAGCUACACUUGUGUUAACGGCUAUGAGAGAUAUUCCGGUGAUGUAGAUCGUCAAUGUUCUCACACUGGUGUCUGGUCUGGAGAUGCUUUGGCGUGUGUAGUUACAUCAUGCCCCCAGCCUAGAGCAGGCAUGAACUCAUCACUAGUUGUACAGAACACAACGUUUGGCAAGACAGCCGUGUACACAUGUCAUACUGGUCAUGUUGCACUGUCACCUGGAACCAGCAACACCUCUAUCACAAAUAGUACACGAUACUGUCAGGCCAACGCUGCCUGGAGUGACCAGCCACUACAGUGCAUGCCAAUCCAAUGCAAUGCGAUACCGGACCCGUUGAACGGCACAGCUUUCUCCAGUGGAACUCAGUUCUCUUCCGAAGUGACUUUCUCAUGCCAUAGUGGCUAUGUUCUUCAUGGUUACACCGCUGUUGAGUGUGCGUCCGACAAUACGUGGGUCGCAAGCGGAGCAUUCCUGGAUGCCCUGCCUCAGCUGAACCAAAACGGUUUGGACCAAGCACAGGGUGUUGAUAACUCUAGCGUGCAGAACGUGACGUCACCCCUGUGUUUGCGUGUCUCCUGUCCACGUCCUGAGUUAGGUGCAUACUCGGGCAUAACAGGACUGAAUGAGAACUCCACCAAACUGCAUCGCUAUAUGGACAAGAUCAGCUACACCUGUGUUGACGGAUAUCAGAAAUAUUCCGGUGAUGUAGAUCGUCAAUGUUCUCAAACUGGUGUCUGGUCUGGAGAUCCUCUGGCAUGUAUAGUUACAUCAUGUCUGCAGCCCAGCGCAGGCAUAAACUCAUCGCUAGUUGUACAGAACACGACGUUUGGCAAGACAGCCGUGUACACAUGUCAUACUGGUCAUGUUGCACUGUCACCUGGAACCAGCAACACCUCUAUCACAAAUAGUACACGAUACUGUCAGGCCAAGGCUGCAUGGAGUGACCAGCCACUGGACUGUGCACCUCUGCACUGUCCGCUAGUGCAAGCCCUAUCCAAUGGUGGAGUCGUGUCAACGAGCACGGCGUUUGCGUCCCGGGCCAUGUUCACCUGCAAUGACGGUUACGUCUUGCGUGGAUACAACACCAUUCAAUGUGGUGCGAGUGCUUUGUGGCUGCCUGUGGGCAUCUACCAGAAUGCCACAGCAGAGCUAGUGAAAGUUGGCUUAGACGCACCGUUGGAGCUAGUCAACGACACGUCUAGUGGUGACGCUUCACCCAGCUGCUUGCGUGUAUCGUGUCCACGUCCUGAAUUAGGUGCGUACUCGGUCAUAGCAGGACUGAAUGAGAACUCCAGUAAACUGCAUCGCUACAUGGACAAGAUCAGCUACACCUGUGUUGACGGAUAUCAGAAAUAUUCCGGUGAUGUAGAUCGUCAAUGUUCUCAAACUGGUGUCUGGUCUGGAGAUCCUCUGGCGUGUGUAGUUACAUCAUGUCCGCCGCCCAGUGCAGGCAUGAACUCAUCACUAGUUGUACAGAACACAACGUUUGGCAAGACAGCCGUGUACACAUGUCAUACUGGUCAUGUUGCACUGUCACCUGGAACCAGCAACACCUCUAUCACAAAUAGUACACGAUACUGUCAGGCCAAGGCUACAUGGAGUGACCAGCCACUGGACUGUGCACCAAUUCACUGCCAAGCGGUCAACGCCCCGAUGAAUGGUAACAUCACGUCAACCAGCACCGUAUUAUCGUCACGCGUCAUGUUCGUGUGCAAUAGUGGCUAUGUUCUUCACGGCUACGCGGUCAUCCAAUGUGCCACAAACGCAACAUGGGUGGCUGCUGCCGCUUUCCAAAACGCCACCGCACGACUGAUGCAGGCUGGUUUGGAACCAGCACAGGAGCUCGGUACCACGACUGCAGUUCUGACACCACAUUGCUUACGCGUUUCAUGUCCCCGGCCAGAUCUCGGUGCCUACUCUCAAAUCACCGGCUUGGAUGCCCAGUCGCUCACUCUGCAUCGCUACACGGACUCGAUCAACUACACGUGUCGUGCUGGCUACAGGAUGUACUCUGGUGAUGUGGUGCGUACCUGCACUGACGCCGGCAUGUGGUCCGGAGAUGCACUGGCAUGCGCUGUGGUGUCGUGUGGACCUCCCGCCCUUGGAGACAACUGCACCAUGGCUGUCAAGAACACAACAUAUGACAUGACUGUGAACUAUACCUGCUUACCGGGGCAUAGUAGCACUUCUGGUGACAGUCUUAGAUACUGCCAGGACGAUGGCAAGUGGACCGGUACUGCACUCCAAUGUUCCCCUGAUGCAUGCCUGGCACGUAGACCCAAGAAUGGCGUGUUCGCUGUGAACGGUGCCGUGGUGGAGUCGUCCGUGGCCAAUCGAACAGUGCUGAUCGGUGGCAUGGUGCACUAUGAGUGCGACAGUGGCUUUGCACUGCACGGCUUUGCUGCUCUCCUGUGUAACUCCAGCACUGUUCAAUGGCAGCCGGUGGGAGCUGCACACAAUGCCAGCGAUGUGCUGCUGCUUGGUGAUCCCGGACAGCAGCCUCAAGAAACCCCGCAAUGUGCUGCAAUUGCCUGUCCAAUGCCUCCACCGGUGACCAAUGCCCACAGUCUGGCCCCGGUAGCAACCGGACAGCGCAGUGCAGUGGGCAGCACGGUCAACUACACAUGUGAUAAUGGCCACGAACACAUCACCGGCGACUUCCAGCUUGUGUGCCUGGACGAGGGACACUGGGGCGGCGUUGCUCUCACCUGCAAACGCAAAGACUGCGGUGCGGCACCAGCUGCCCCGGCCGACAGCAUAGUGAACGUCGAUGGCACCCUGUACCAGGACAAUGCCACGUUCCAAUGUCGCCACGGCUACGCCAGUGCGUUUGCAGGCACCGGUGCACAGGUGAUCACGUGCAAUGCCAGCGCUCUCUGGAAUCAGCCGCCAGCACUCUGCAUGCCCCGGCAGUGCCCGAGCUUUAACACCUCAUCUGCACAUGUCAUGACGUCACCUCAUGAUGUCACCAGCGUUGACGUCGACGCGUCCGUUGCCUUGUCAUGCCAACCGGGAUACGUGCUGCACGGAUACUCACGGUGGAAGUGCGUGACAGAUAGGACUUGGCUGGCCGACACGUCAUCUAGUGUGAAUGCUUCCAGUCUUACGCAUGAUGCAGUGCCAGCCACUCAAGUCAACAACAACACACAAUCACCAGCAUGUUUUCUGGUGAAAUGUGACACCCCGCCGGUCUCAGCCAAUACCGUACAGAACCUAUCCACCGUCAGCAGCAUGUACAGUUAUGACCACGCCGUGCUCUUCCACUGUAUCGCCGGCUAUGAACGUACAGUGGGCAGCUACCAGCGUGUGUGUAGUACCUCAGGUCUGUGGACAGGGGAAAUGCUACAGUGUCAACCUAAACAAUGUCCGGUCAUACAGCGCACCGGUCGUGUGAUAGUGGAGCAGGGUGACAUUGCCGUCACGGGCAGUAACCUGACUGUGGGCGCUACCCUGCUCCUGGGCUGCCCCAGCGGGUACACACUGCAUGGGUAUGUGGCAUGGACGUGCGCUGCGGAGAAUGUCUCGUGGGUGGCAGCUGCACCGCAGAGCCUCACGAGCGCUGCCGCGUUCGUGACCAUGCCAGACCGGCUGAGCAGCAACGUGACAACAGCGAACUCCACGGCGACGUUGUGCUAUCCCAUCAGAUGUCCUCGGCCUCCGAUUGCUCCGAACACAGCACAGAAAAUGUCAACCGUAAACGCUACUGGAUAUAGUUUUGGUGACAUAGUGCAGUUCUCCUGUGCACUGGGUUAUGAGAACAAGACGGGUGAUCAGCAACGACACUGUACCAGUACCGGGACAUGGACAGGAGAGAUGCUACAGUGCGGACCUGUCACUUGCGGGCAGCCUCCGCUGCAAGAGGGGUUUGCAAGCCUGACAUCGCCCAACCCAAGCCAGACCCUGACGUACCAGCAAACUGCGGUCUACACUUGCGACAGCGGCUACUAUGCUCUUGCUGCUGUUGUGAGGCAGUGCAUGUCCACAGCAGACUUUCCGACUUCCCUGGUUACGUGUCGACGGCAAACGUGUCAACUGGCUCGUGUAGAUAACAGUGACAAGCCGAGCUCAAAGUUGACGUAUUUUUCUCGGGAUUUGGUGGAAGUUGUCUGCGCCAAUGGCUAUGUGCUGGCCGGCACACAGACUACGACGAACAUGACACUGACUUGUGAAGCAGCACCAGCCAUUCAACCGACCGGAGUCUGGAGCUCAGAGCCUCCGAAAGCAUGCGAACGUAUCGACUGUGGCAGGCCGCCCGCACCACCGGACAAUUCCGAGCUACUGUCCAAUGACACUCUGUACAACGACACGGCUACGUACGUGUGUGCCAAUGGACACGGUGUCCGCCAUCGGCCAUCGCAGACCAUCAGAUGCAUGGGCAACGGCCAGUGGGAACCUGUCAACAUUUCAUGUCACGCCGGUAACUGUACUGCCGACACAGACCCAUCCAGCGUGAUAGUCAAUCCACACUCAGACGGCUACACUACACACGAGGCGAUAACGUACGUGUGUCGUGAAAACGAAGGCUACACGUCCUUGCCUGGUCAGAGCAACUCACUGAUAUCCGUCUGUGGUGUCGAUGGAAACUUCACCAAACCUCCGCUGGUUUGCCAUGCUCGGAAUUGCUCUGUGGAGGAGAUUGCCAAUGGCGCUAGUAAUGCGACAGCAGCAGCCCCAGGGAGCCGCCGCAGCAUUGCCGUCAAUCAAACGGUCAUGUUCACCUGCAGCCGGGGCUAUCACAUUCUGUCCACGUCCGACAGCGCUCACGAGGUCGUCUCCGAAAGCGGUCGCUGCGGCGUCAACGGCAAGCUGCAUAUCUCACUGCCAGAGUGUGUGGAUACCAAUGAAUGUGACCAAGCUGACACCCACAACUGUACAGCUUCACAGGUGUGUAUUAACAGCGUGGGCAGUUUCUCCUGCAGCUGUAGACCUGGCUUUGACUGCGCAUGCAGUAGCGAUACCCCCAGCCAGUGCCCUGCCGGCUCAGCGUGCAAUGAACGCAACAAACGAUGUGAGUGCGACACGACUGCCAGCUUUGCUCUGAACAAUGGCACGGGGACGUGCGUGUUCAUCGGCAACCUGACCGGCGUGGAGUUCUCCAAGGCAACCGACAACAGCGCUGCCGCCGCCUUGAUGCCCGCCCUCGGCGCGCUGGGAGCCGUGUGUGCCAUCACCAUCAUCAUCAUUAUCGUCCUGAUCGUGCUUAUUCGACGGAAACGUCAGCCGCCACGGCUCAAGUCUGACCAGUCGUUUGUCGGUGUCAACAUGGGUGCUCAAGAUGUGCGCGCAUCGAAGAAAGGCCGUACGGCCGCUGCAUCACUGCCAGUGCCACCGAUACAGAUCGACGACACGGCUAGCGAGGCCACAACAGUGUUCAGUAACCAACCAGCAGCUACUCCAGCACAGCUCCGGCGUGUUGUGGAUGACGCCACGUCACCUGAUAAGGGCGCCAGCAGCAGCCUUGCCCCCGGUAGUCAACAGCAAUCCUCUCAGAGGAAGGCGAAGCCAAAGUCUCUGCCAAGCAGUCGCAUGGAUGUGUCCGGCCUGACCCACAUACUUCAAGAUCCCGAGACUCUCAUACAGCAGUUCAAGAGUGUGCCGACCAACCUGUGUACGUCAGACCAGAUACCACCCGGCACAGAGACCAAGAACCGCUACACCAAUGUGCUGCCGAAUCCUCACACCCGUGUGCCACUGCGUCUCAAGUUCAAUGAGCCAAACUCCGACUACAUCAACGGCAACUACAUCAGAGGCUAUGGUGGCAACACAAAGAAGUACAUAGCCACACAGGGUCCCAUGUACUCGACCAUACAUGAUUUCUGGAGAAUGGUGUGGGAGCAACGUGCCUCAGUCAUUCUCAUGGUCACCGGUCAAGAGGAGAGAGGAGUGACCAAGUGUGCCAAGUACUGGCCUAUGGACGAGAGUGACAACCUGGGGAUCUAUGAAGAUAUGGAGGUCAUGCUCAAGGAGAAGACCACCAAACAGGACUACGUCGUCUCCAAACUCUGGGUCACCAACGUACAGAAAGGAGAAACACGCGAGAUUGCUCACUGGUGGUUCACAGCCUGGCCCGACUUUGGCGUGCCAGCGUCACCGAAAGCUCUGCUCGUCUACCUGACCAAGGUGAAGAAUGCCAUGCGUGUCUCCGAGGGACCCAUCGUCGUCCAUUGCAGUGCUGGCAUUGGUCGUACUGGCACGGUCAUCGUACUGGAUAUUUGCAUGCAAGAGCUGGAGCAUGACCGACACUGCGACAUCUACCGCUCAUUCGCCAUGGUCAGACAGGACCGUGGGGGCAUGGUGCAGACCAAAGACCAGUACAAGUUCAUUUAUCAGGCUGCACUGGAGUACGGUCACUACCUCUCCACCAUCAGCGAGCAGAAACAGCAAUCCAGCACAAGACUACCCAAGGGACGCUGAAACACCACCACCACCACCACCACCACCAGCAGCAGCAGCGCAGCCAUUCGUAUAACUGCUACGAUCCGCUGGCGGUGGCAGGAGCAGAAAGGCCAUACACGCACAUCCAUUAGCAAUGUCAACAGCAGCGGUGAGCUACUGCCACCAACAAGACUAGUGUGGAGUCCACACUGCCCAGCAGCAGCAGUUCACAAUGAUCCGACCGUGCACUACGAUGCACCACGGUGUAGCACAUUGUAGAAACGAUUACGUGCGACUAUUAAACCGCUAGUCGUUCAGAACAUCCACCAACUCUAACCCUAGCUAUUUUCGUAUCCCUUUCAUGUAAUUUACUAUUGCUUUCCCUAUCUUCUUUCCAGAAAGGACUUGAUUUCUAACCAAAUUAGACUACCAUUCUACGCUUGAAUUUCAACUUGCUGUAAUGUACAUGCAUUCCAUUAUUAUUUUUAUAUUCGCAUGUCAAGAUGCUCCCCGAAGCCGCCGAGCAUCAUCAUGCAUAAUAGGCACACUUGAAUCGCAUGCGACUUUAUUUUCGGCAAAUUUGGAUAAAUUUUCUGUUAGUCCCAGGCCUCGCCUGAUAUUUAUUCACACUUUUUUUAUUGUCCCCAAUCAAACAUUCAGUUGCUUUCGUUCUUGUUACAAUUGGUUAUUUUACAUGGUGGAGGUUGUACAUGGUUUCAAGGAAUGAGACAAAACGAAGCAACAGUUGGAAUAAGUGACAAAUGAAUUUUGAAUGAAAUCAGUGUAUAUGUUAUGUGUGUCUGUGAGUGCACACCACACCCACCCAAACGUUUCAAUGGAAGCUACAACUCCGGAGAGGUGAUCCAGCCAGAAAUAAAGAUGGCAGAAACCUCCCUGUGACGCUUCCAGGUUAGACAGCUAAUCUCAAAGGAAAUUGGCUGUGAGAGUAGCAGCAGCAGCACAGAACACAACAACGAUGAUGAUGAGGUGUGACUGAUGGCUAUGGGCUAAUCCACUACAAACUGCUCGCCACACACACACACACACACACACACA